AUGCCUAGUAGCUCAGAAAGCCGGUAUAUCAGACUGGAAGGCGAGUCCCUCCGGACCACCUUCGUCCCCUCCUGCCGCAUUCCUGCUGGCAUCUACGUAUCCAUCAAUGUCGACUCCAGGAGGCGCUGGAAAUCACCCAUCAGUGUCUUAUCAUCUGACAAAUCUGUAGUUUGGGGGAAUACUGUCACUCUAUCAUCACACUCUUCACCUGCGUUGUCAGUGGAGAUCAGGGCGUCCUUUGAGCUUGGUCGAAUGCUAGGCGGUGGAGAGGUCAUUGGCGAACUUCAAAUGUCGUGGGAUGAGCUACUUGAUCAUGGAGAUGAGCCAUUUGAUAUAUCCUUCCCACCCGUGUUCGGUGUCCACCCUUCUCUUAAGCUGAAGGCCGCCAUUGUGCAUGCUUGCGACGAUCAGGACGACGCACUGAUUGAUUCCCUCGUAGACUGCGAGAUUGCUCGAGACACAGAUGCGGGCCACGCACAAUUUGCCGCAUACGCGACAAGCAAGACAGUCUCUCACUUGAACGACGCUGUAGAGCAUUUUCAGUUGGUUCUGGACCAGUGUCCGGUCGGCCAUCCAGACCAUGCAACGGCUCUCACCAACCUUGCGUGGGCCUGCCUUCAAGGCUACAUCCGAAAUGAUCUUGAAGACAUCGAUGUCACCACUUCCCUCUUCCGCGACGCCCUUGCAUUGCGUCCGCAGCACCAUCCCGAUCAUCCAUUAUCCCUAUAUCAUCUCACCCAAGCGCUGACUCGGCGCCACAACAAGAAAAGGACUGCCGCCGACAUCCGGGAGGCGGCCCAACUCUAUCAUGAACUACUGCCUCUCUGUGCAGAGGGCACCUACCUUCAUAUCAUUGCAGCAGGGAAGAAUGGUGUCGAUUAUGUGAUCGGCGGAUGCAGCAAUCUCCCAAUAGACGCAUCUGAUGAGGGUAUCCACCUUCGACAAGUCGUCCUCGAGCUCUGUCCUCUAGGCCAUCAACUCCGUCUCACAGCCCUCGACAGGCUUGCACAAGCAGUUGAAGCACGCUUUCAUCAGCACGGCAGCAUUGAUGAUCUUGACACGAGCAUACAGCUUGGUCGUGAAGCCGUGUCUCUGUGCCCCGAGGGACAAGCUGACCGCGGUAUCUACCUGAACAACUUGGCCGAGCGUUGCGCCUGUGCCCUGUUGGGCAUCCAAUCUCGUGAUUUCUCUUUGGACAACCUGGGGGACGUUCUCGUCAAACGUUUCAACAAACGCGGCGACAUUGAUGACAUCACCCGAGCUAUCAGCCUCCGUCGCGAGGCACUGACGUUGCGCCAACCUGGGCAUCCACGUCGUGACACCACGCUCAGCAACCUUGCCCUCGCGCUCCACACCAGAUAUGGCAAAUCCCAUGUUAGGGAGGAUCUUAACGAGGUCAUUGAUUUAUAUCGCGAAUCCCUUCGGUUAAAGCGUCUUGACCAUCCAGAGCGCCAUAAAACUCUUCGCAAUUUGAGCUCGGUGCUCUGCUCUCGUUUCACGCAAACUUCAGAAGAAUGA